UAAAUUCCCGUGGUCUGCUUAAUUUACUGUCCUUUUGAGGAUUCUUGUCCUUCGAAUAUAUGUCCUCCUCUGAUCAUUUGUUUAUUUCUGAAAAGGUUGGUGGUAUUUACAUACAUUCUAGUCCACUUAAGAUAAAAUUUCGUCAUUCCCCUGACAUCGAUGUAUAUUAAAAGUCACCCUUCCACUCAUCCAAGUUCCCACUCGAACUUUGGGGUUGUCAUUCUUUCCAUUUCAUUAUAAAUUGAAGUCACCACAUAACACAUAGUCCACAAAACUAGAGAUAACAUAUAUUCCCCUACAUCUUCCUUAGAGUACUUUAAUUAAUCGUUUAGCUAAAUUACCAGCCAUGUCUAAAGCAACUGCAAGUUUUUUCUUCAUCAUCCUUCUCCUCUGUUUUACCCUGUCCUAUGCUGCUCGCCCUCAGCCAAUUUUUCACGAGGCUAAUCUCAACAAGUUUCAACACCAGGAUGUUGUUGAACCAAAACAAGUUGGCAAGGAAGAGAGCUGCGUAGGAGUAAAGGAAGAAGAAUGUUUGGAAAGGAGGACUUUGGCGGCUCAUCUUGACUAUAUCUAUACUCAAAAUCAAAACCCCUGAAAGUAUUCCCAAGGACGGAAAUCAGUUUGUUUUACAAUGAUUAAUUGACUAAGUUUUCCGUUAAUUAUUGCCUAUAUGUUGGGCAAAAGUAGUGAUGGGACGAGUGAGUUAUCACAUAAUAUUGCUGUCGGUGUGUUUCUUUUUGAUUUUUCCUUUACGUUAAUCCCAUAUAAAGUUCCUGGUGUGUGUAAGCUGAUUACUUACUAUAUUUAUGUAUUUGACCUGAGGUAUUAACUCUAGUACUACCUUGUUCACUGGUCGUUGCAAUGUGAUAAUUUAAUACCGGUUUCUUACUUAA